CUUAUUAUUAUUAGACAAUUAGAGAAUGCUAUUUGUAAUGCUCUUCUCAACAUCCCACGAGCCUCUAACUCCAAACUUUGCAAUUUCUUUUCUUGCUUCUCCUGUAUAUAUCCUUAUCCCAGAUCUCCAACUCCACUCUGCAAUAAUUUCUCCAUCAGUUCAUCUCUAGAUUCCUCUCGUUUCCUUCCUUCCAAUCGCCGCAUCAACACUACCCACCACCCACUUGUUUUCUUCAACAUAAUUGCAGUUAAAGAUUCGAUAUGGCUGUUGAAACUUGGCUUAUGAAAGUGAAAACUGCAAUAUCCCACGGCUUCGAUUCCGUCAUAACCUCCGCGCCCAUACCGAAAGCUUAUAAGAAGUCCACCGUUGGAGUUUUAGCUUUUGAGAUCGCCGGUCUUAUGUCGAAGCUCUUCCAUCUAUGGCAAUCCCUCUCCGAUGACAACAUAAUUCGCUUGCGAAAUGAAUCCAUCUCUCUCGAAGGAGUUCGCAAGAUUGUCUCCAAUGAUGAAUCAUUCCUUCUCGGCCUCGCAUGCGCAGAAAUCGCUGAGAAUCUAAGGAUCGUUACUAAAGCCGUCUCUAGAUUGAGCAAGCGAUGUGAGGAUUCUAAUCUUUUUCGCUUUGAACGUCUCUUCGAUGAGUUUGCUAACUCUGGUCGUGAUCCUAAUCCCUGGGUUUUGAGUUGCAAAGACAUGGAAGCUAAGAACAAGAAGAUGGACAGGUACGUGACCAUCACAGCCACACUAUAUAAAGAGAUGGAGGAACUAUCCAUUUUGGAGAAUGGAUUAAGGAAGGCCUUGCAGUGUAGCGAACAUGAGCAGACAACGAAAGAGCAGAAGAUCAUGGAUCUUCAGCAGAAGAUACUCUGGCAGAGACAGCAAGUCAAGUAUCUGAAGGAGAGAUCCCUCUGGAAUCGAAGCUUCGAUGGUGUUGUCUCGAUGCUUGUGAGGUCUAUCUUCACUGUUUUAGCAAGGAUUAAGGUAGUUUUCAGCAUAGGACAUGGGUAUCCAACUUCUCUACCUCGUAGUCUUUCAGCAUCUGCAACUGUCCAUCCAACCGAAAACCCUAGUACUUUUAGCUUUGUGUCAGGGCCAUUAAAGAGCUCAAAACCCGAAGCAAAUAAAGAAUUGGCCAAUGGGUUUUUCGAGUCAAAUUCGAAGGUGCUAAAGCCACCGAAAACUACGCUUGGUGCGGCAGCUUUGGCUCUACAUUAUGCGAAUUUGAUUAUAGUCAUGGAGAAGAUGAUCAAGUCGCCUCAACUAGUUGGUAUGGAUGCUAGAGCUGAUCUCUAUUCCAUGCUACCGAGCAGCAUAAGGUCUUCGCUAAGGGCUAGAUUGAAAGGCGUAGGAUUCUCGGCGAGCGAUCCAGUUCUCGCCGGAGAAUGGAAAGAUGCUUUGGGAAGGAUACUAGGAUGGCUCUCACCUUUGGCACAUAAUAUGAUUAAAUGGCAAAGUGAAAGAAGCUUUGAGCAGCAAAAUUUGUUGCCAAAAACAAAUGUUCUUCUGUUGCAAACGUUAUUCUUUGCAAACAAAGAGAAGACAGAAGCUGCCAUCACAGAACUUUUGGUGGGUUUGAAUUAUAUAUGGAGGUUUGAGAGGGAGAUGACUGCUAAAGCCUUAUUUGAAUGCGCCAACUUCAAUGGACUCCAGAGUUCCAGCUAAAGGAAGAUGGUUUCCUUUUUCUUUUUCUCUUUCUUUGUUUACUAAAAGUUUGAUGGUUAGAUUGAGCUGAGUUAUGUUUCAGAAUUUUGAGGGUUUGUUUUCCAUCUUACACUGAUCUGUAUAUGCCAAUAUAGUUUUGUAUAUGUAAAUCAUAUGGUUUCAGUAAUAAUGUUUCGUUUUGAAGCAAUUAUGAUGGGGCUUUCAAUCAUAUAAUUAUAUGCAGCCACGUGAAAACAGUACCUUUGAAUAUUAUAAUUAUUGUUGCUGUUGAAUUCUAAUAUAUACAAUUGAAUCGCAUCAAGAUUCUUUUCCAAGUUUA